AUGCCGUAUUAUUCCAAAGACGACGAUGAGGUGGAUGACUUCACCGAGUACGACCCGACGCCGUAUAGCGGAGGCUACGACAUCGCCGUGACGUACGGCCGCUCAAUCCCGCCGUCCGACGAGACCUGUUACCCUCUCUCGUCUCGAUCCGGCGACGCCUUCGAGUACCAGCGACCCGUCUUUUCAUCCAACCAUGACCCUUCUGCCUAUGGCGACCAGGCUCUCAACACCGAGUACAGCAGCUAUGCCCGACCCAAAACCCGACCCGGAGGUCAGGGAGGCGCUCACGUCGAAGGUGAGCACGGUGGGAGGAAACCGGAGCAUGGAGGAUCUGGAUCUGAUUUUGGCCGGAAACCUAAUUCCGGCUACGGCGGAAGAACGGAGGUCGAGUACGGUCGGAAACCUGAAUCUGGGUAUGGCGGAAGAACGGAGGUUGAGUAUGGCCGGAAACCUGAAUCGGAGCACGGAUCUGGCUAUGGUGGAAGAAUGAAGUCUAAGGAAGAGGAAGAUGGAGACUCCAGGAAGCCUAGCUAUGGCCAUGAUGAUGAUGACAAGAAAGAGAGUCACGGCUACAAAAAACACGUAAGUUUGAUUGGUUUAUAA